CUCUUUUGCACAGAACACACAAAUUCGGCGAGCACGCUGUAAAUUCACAUUUUGCGCACGUUUUACGACGAUUUACGUUGUAAUUUUAAUGUCCAUCUCACGAAACACAGCUCAGACGAGUGUCAAGACAAGCGCACCUGUUCCCAACAGUUUCUAUAUAGCGAAGCACUCUACAAGGAUUUGCUUAGUGAUACACACAAUAAUCGGUUUAAUUAGACGAGAUGAAAGCAUCCGGUCCAGUGAUCCCAGUCAUCCUGGGUUUAUCCUUGCUCGGAGCUAGUGGAGCUUAUCUGUACAUGUUGUUUAAAAAAAGACGUUCCAAUUCAUCGGGAGACUUGGUGGAUUUCUUUACCGGAAAACAAACUAAACAGGAUCCGGUGACAACAGAAUUAAUCAUAUCGAACAAUCUUAUUCCGUUGGUAAUUGGGCGCAAGGGCUACACGUUAAAACACAUACAGCAAAGCACGGGAGCCGUGAUUAGUUUCAGUGAUCACCAUGACUCCAACCAGCUGUGCUGCAUACAGGGGCCAUCAGCAGCUGUCGUCGAAAAGGCUAAAGAAAUGAUACUGAAAGAAACGGCCCGACCGCUUACGAUUACGGAGGAAGUGAUCGUACCGCAGGCAGCUUGUGGAAAAAUACUUGGUCGUUGUGGGGACGAAUUGCAAGAAAUAUGUCGUAAAUCGACGGCCAAAGUAUGGCUUGAAGGUCGCGCAAGAAGUGAAUCCGAACGGCGCGUGAUGAUAACCGGCACGGAAUCUCAAAUAAAGGUGGCAAAGGAACUGAUCGCACAAAAGGUAAAGGAAGAUAGUGAAAGCAGAAAGUCGUUGCUCGAUGCAACACUUCAGUCACGGGAACCUCGCAUAAGGACACCUCCCACAAGCUCUGCCCCCACGCCAACACCGAGUGAUGGAGGAAAAAAAAUGCUCGUAUCUUCUUCGAAAAACAUUGUCGGUAAACCAAGUUCUGCCAAUUUUGGCAUCGGUCAGAUGGAAAUAUUCGUAUCGACCAUAGUUUCGCCGAGCAAGUUUUAUGUCCAGUUGGUCGGUCCACAAUCGUUGGAGUUGGAUUUGCUCGUGCAAAAUAUGACUGUGUAUUACAAUCAGCCCGAGAAUCGUGAGCUACACCAACAGAAAAGACUUUCGCUUGGCCAGAUUGUAGCGGCCGAGUUCAAUGCCGAUAAUAAGUGGUAUCGCGCAGAAAUAAGUGCUUUUGUGCCGAACGAAUAUAAACGUGGCGAGAUGGUACUCGAUCUGUUCUUUGUCGAUUAUGGAGACAAUCAGUAUACGAACCCAACAGAGGUCUAUGAAUUAAACCCUGAGUUUCUGGCGCCACGAUUCCAAGCGAUAGAAUGUUUCCUGGCAAAGGUGGAACCGGCCCAACAGUCCAACCCGUUGCCUUCAUCGUCCGUGGGCGACGAAGACGAUUGGGAUCCGAUGGCUGUCAGUAGAUUCGAAGAGCUAACGCACGUGGCUCAAUGGAAAAAGAUUGUUUCAAAGAUUGUCACAUACCGCAACAGCAAGAGUCCUCUGCAUGGACGCGAAUCAUCACCCAUUCCGGGCCUGGAACUGUACGACACAGCGCCCAACGGUGCGGAUCUCAUCAACAUAGGACAGGAGCUGGUUGCGGAAGGAUUGGCACGUCAUUCAACUUACGACAAAAUGGAUGAACUGUCGCGAAGUCAACUAUUUCGGAUGGGAUUAACGAAUGAUACAUCCGCUGGCGGCAAUUCGUCUCAGUCAUCAAGUAUUGACAAGGUGGAAGAUGCGAGUGUUUCGAGCAGUACAUCCGCCUCAACGGUGGUAUCCUCCGGGAAGCAUAUAAAUGAAGUCAGCAAAAACGAACAACAGGAACACGUACAAUACAGAAGUUUGGCUAAUGGAGCGCAUUAAGCAGCAUCAAUUGAGCAGAUUAACGAACGACAUUUCAGGUAAAGAUUAUAAUAAUAAGCGCAUGUUGGUGUACCAUAGGCUUAGGUAAAGUCCUUACGUACUGCACACCACAAUCGACGGUUAAAUAGUUUGAAUACUUUUCGACGCUCAAUGUAAACGAAUGCAAAUAUGCUUACCCCUUUUCAGUUCCUGUUGUUCUUGCGUUCGAUAUGUACUUAGGAGAGACGUGCGUGCUCGUAAUUGAUGCUUUAAAAACCAAUCAUAUUAAGUUUUAUAGCAGCUCGUAUAAUUAUCGGUUUUAGCGUUGUAGAUAUUUUAUUUUAAAGCUGAGUGAAACAAAAACUAAAUCAUUACCUUAAACUGUGAGGCUCGAAGCAGACACGCUCCCAUUAAUUGUUGGACAGUUUCGAAGCAUGGUUAUACAAUCAAGAUAUGUCAAUAACUGAUGAACAAAGAGCUACAAUCUAGACAAAACCAAUUGUGAUGUUGUUUCUAAAAGAAACUAUGUGUAAAGAAACAGUAGUAGAGUGAUUGCAUAAAACUCGAUCGUGUAAAGCGGUAAACAGAAGAGUUAAACGAGUGCUUAACUUCAUAUCUAGCAGAACGGAAUGAGAUCGUUAAAGGAAUUUUUUACAUUUUAUCUCAUGACGAGGUGCCAAAAUUUGUAAAACAGAAAAGCUCUUACACUUGGUUGAAGUAAAACUUGAUUGUUGAUUGCCGUGACCGGUAGUAUUGUAUAAUAAAGAGAAGCUAAAUAGCAUUUACAAUUUCCUGUCUUCAUAAGCACAAUGUUUUACGGUUCAUUACUAUCUACCCUGUAUCUUAACUUACUGUAUGUCAUAGAGUUUUCAAGUUAUGUACGUUUGAAAAGGUCCACACGUCCAAGGAUUUUAAAAUGUAUAAAACACAGCUCAUUUUACACUCCGGAAGGACAAUGGAAGUUAAACGCUAUUUUCUUAGAAGUGCGAUGAUUGAUACCCUGAGUGUGUUGUAAUGAAUAAAGUAUAAAAAAUACU